AUGAGCAUAUGGAAAAAGGAAUCCUCAGAAGAAGCCAAGAAGCAGCUAUGGCUUGCAGGGCCAAUGGUAUUUGUGAGUGUGUUUCAGUACAGUUUGCUAGUCAUAUCUCUCAUAUUUGUAGGCCAUUUGAACGAGUUGCUUCUGGCCGGUGUGUCUUUGGCUAAUUCAUUCGUAAAUGUCACUGGUUUCAAUGUGUUGAUAGGCAUGUCAAGUGCACUGGACACAUUUUGUGGUCAAUCAUAUGGAGCAAAGCAGUAUCAUAUGGUUGGCAUACACAUGCAGAGAGCAAUAGUGGUUACCAUGAUUGCUACUAUACCGAUGUCCAUUAUUUGGGCAUACUUGAGGCCUAUUCUGGUUGUUCUGCAUCAGGACAAAACAAUUGCAGCACAAGCUCAACUAUAUGCCAGAUACUUGAUUCCAAGCCUCUCAGCCGAUGCUCUUCUUCGAUGCUUUGUUAAAUUCCUACAAACACAGAACAUUGUUCUUCCUAUGGUGUUAGCUUCUGGAUUCACUACCUUGGCACAUGUCCUUCUCUGCUGGGUUUUGGUUUUGAAACUUAGGCUUGGCAUCAAAGGAGCUGCUAUUGCGUUUUGCAUUUCAAAUUGGCUUAAUACAGUGGUACUAGCACUAAACAUCAAGCUCUCCUCUUCCUGCAAGAGCACUUGGACUGGUUUCUCAAGGGAAUCCUUGCACAACAUCCCUCAAUUUCUCAAGCUUGCUUUUUCUUCAACACUCAUGGUCUGCUUUGAACAAUGGACUUUUCAGAUAAUGAUACUCCUGUCUGGGGCUCUUCCUAAUCCAAAGUUGCAAACUUCUGCCCUUUCUAUAUGUGCUGCUGCAAGGAUCUCAAAUGAACUCGGGGCUGGGUGCCCAAGAGCUGCAUAUUUAGCUGUCAAAGUCACCUUAUUGAUUUCCCUCAUGGUUGGGGUUUUAGGAUUUACUCUCCUCAUACUGACAAGGAACAUUUGGGGACAUAUUUUUACCAAUGUACCUGAAGUAGUCCAUUAUGUGGCAUCCAUGACUCCAAUUCUUGCCAUCUUUGUCUUUGUAGAUUCAAUUCAAACAGCUCUAUCAGGUAUUGUAAGAGGAUGUGGUUGGCAGAAGCUUGGUGCAUUUUCCAAUCUUGGAUCAUAUUAUCUUGUGGGUCUCCCUUUUGCAAUUGUGUUAGCCUUUGUCCUCCAUGUGAAAGCUGAGGGGCUCCUUUUAGGGAUUGUUCUUUCACUUGUUCUGCAAGUAGUGUGUUUCCUUGUGGUCACCUUGCGCACCAAUUGGGAGAAAGAAGCAAAUAAUGCAGCAAAAAGAGUAAGAAUUAAUGGAGUCCAACCUGAUGCAAAUGCACAGCCAAGUGACCAAAAUGGAGUAGUUGAACAGUGA